UAAAUACUCGUAUGUUCUUUGGUUUAUACAUAAACGUCACUACUGAUAGCAAGUUAGAGGCUUUACGACCAAAUUUUUCACAUUGAAAUGCCAGUACACAUUUGAGCAACGCGACGUCGGCAAAGAAAAUUUUGAGCGAAAAACGAAAGGAAUAAAAAAUAUGUAAAGAAGAAAAUUACCACGCAAAAAAAUAUAUAGUUUGGCGAAAUAAAGUGUGUUACAAGUUUAGUUCAAAAGCCAAAACUACUUUUAUAUAAAUAAAUGCAAACGGAAAAAUCGAAAAUGAAUAAGCUAAUAAAAAUAUAUUAGCCUGAUACACUCAAUGACUGCGUUGGUGUAGUUAAAGUUAUGGGUUGACUUGAAAGUGGAACGUGAACUUGCAAACGACAUACACACAUACAAACAAAUAAAUAUAUUGCGCGGGUGGAGAAAAAAAAAACCCUAAACGAAUUGAAAGUGAGUCAAACUUAAUGGUAGGCAUUGCACUUAGAGCCACAAACGAUGCAGCGGACGCGGUGCAAGUUUGCUGUGUCGUCACAGAGAUUGGAAGUCGCCGUUGCCGAAAUGUACUGCCAACAAUGGAAAAGUAGCAGUCGGAGUAUUGAAAGAAAAAAACGUAGUAUUCUUUGAAAGAUCAAUCAAACAAAGAGUGGAUGCAUAAAAUCGCCUCUCCUCCCAUUAUAACUGUGAUAAUAACAAAAGAGAAUACAAAUAAGUGGAACUGAGAUUGAUAUCAAUUGAACAGAAAAAAAGUAGAACGGGGCGGAUGAGUAACAUAUAAACCUAUAGUGCGAGUGUGUACACUAAUAAAAAAUACUUAAUGUUAAUAACUAAUAAAUAUAUACCAGCAAAGCUUUAAAGAGAGUCUGUGAGGUCAAACAGUGAUUACACGGCUUCAUGUCCGACUUAUGCCAAGAAGGAAGUCCAUCGACAACUAAAUCAUAUAUAGCAUUUAAGAUAAAACAACGUAUGAAUGUUCAAAUGUAAAAUGUUUGUAUGUAAGAGUUGAGAACAAGAUGCAAAUAACCGAGAUGUUAUAGCUACCCUUAGUUUAGUAGUUAUUACAGUGCUUUAGAAGUAAACAAAACACCAAUUUAUUAGCAAAUAAAAAAAUCGAAAUAUCAGCAAAAAUAUAUAAAUUUUAGUUAAGAAUUUAAGUAAGAAAAUUUCGAAAGAAUAACGUUUCUCCUAAUACAAAAAACAAAGUUCCGAAUGUAAUGGAAAAUAUAACACUUAUUAUACCUACAUAAUACAUAGAAACAAAAAGUUAUGUUAUUUUUACCCGCGGGUCGCCAGUGAAUAAAACUUUAAUAGGUAAUAAACAAACAGACUGCACACACUUAAUAAAAAAUUGUUGAAUGAUCAAAACUAAAUAACUCCUUAUAACACCAAAUUCAGCAGAUUGAUGUCGUUUGAAAUAUCCUGCAAAAAAAUUUAAGAGGUAAAAAAUAACUAAAUGAGUGUGAAAAUACUCGUACAAUUCUACGGAAUGAAAGGAAUAUAAAAAAAAUUUUAAUUUGUGCAUAAAGGUUACAUGAAAAAAUAUUGAAAAAGCAUAUAAAAUUAUAGUAAAAUUUACAAAAUAGAAGAAUUUAUAUACAAUACAAGCAUAAAAAACAUUAACUUAAGCAAAAAGCUAUAAUACAAAAUUAGGGAAUUUAACGUGUAGUUUACGAGUACAUUAAAAAUAAGCCAAUAAACAAUAGCAACAAAUAUGUUUAAAUACAAAAUAUAUAAAUCCUAAGUAUAUCAAAGAAGAUUUAAUACAUAUGAAUGCAUAAGCGUGAGUGUACGUACAUAUAAAAAAGCAACGAAGAACUUACGUGCACGUGAACUUACUCACUCAAAAAAAUAUCAGUAGCAGACCCUUUUGCAUUAAUAUUACUCGAGCAUUGUCGGCGAAAAUUGUGACAGAAUGUCAGCAAACUAAAGUUUGUAAGUACAUAAUUAAAAGUUAGUAAAUCAUAAGCUCGUCAAAGUAAUUCGUACAAAAUAUUUAUAUUCAAUUGAAAAAAAAGAAAUAUUUAUAUUUACAAAACUGGUAACAACAUUCGGUUAAAAGCAAUACACCACCGCCGUUUUUUUUCGUUAUCCUACUGGUACCAGAGCAGCAAACCGACAAUCAACUAACCGGGACCAUCGAGCGUCAUAACUUAGCAUAUGGUCAUAAGAUAUUGAUUGGCAAUAGCACAUGCAAAUUUCCGUACACCCAAACUACAUACAUAUGUAAACGAUUUUGAGAUACACAAUUUGGUAAAUAAAAUUGAGAAAUAAGCAUAAAACCGGUAGCGCAGUGGUGGCAAAGCGGAUACUAACGAAAAAAAGCGCAAAGGAGACAGACCGCACACCAAAUAGCAAUUGUGAUUUAGAUAACAGUGACAGCUGGCAGUAAACAACCCCCAUUGCUCAAUUGGCAUUAACAUCAACAUUACAGCAUUCAAUACUGUUAGUGAACAGCUGUGCGUUUAUACAUGCAUACAUAUUUGUUUAGAAUAGAAAGAACAGUUGUUUGCGCUGCACUAGUAUUAUAUUUGUGUAUAAAUCGGUUUUGGCGUUAUCCAACAUUCAAAGCUCGAGCCUCCGAAGUUUUAAGAGCUUUAUUAAAUACGAAUUUAAUUUCAUAGCUUUUAUUCGCACUAACAAGCUACUACAGUGCUUUCAAAAUUGCACCAAACGCUGUUUGUAUUGUUGUUAUGAAAACCUGUUGCUCAAACUAAAAGUGUAAAAUCCCGUUAGAAAUUAAAUAGUCUCCCACCAACAGUUGUGAAAACAAGUCGUUAAAAAUUAAUAAAUAAAUAUACGAAAUUUCAAAACCAAAAUAACAAACUAAAUAAGUAAUAUUCAUGUAAUGCGUAUCCCGGCUUCCCCCGCCAAAAAAAUAUACUCGCACUACUAUCACUUCGCUGUAUACUUGUUUCACUACAAAGACUCGCCUAUACACAUAAAACGAGUUUUAAUAGCUGGCUAAUUAAAUAUGUCAUAUAUACCCGAUGAUGCUAGCAGUAUGAGCGACGACGUCUUCGAAGAUCCCGAAACAACCCAACGUCGUUUGGAGGAGACUGUACGCCAUCGUGUGGACUUCAGUGGCAGCGGUGGCGGCAGCAGUGGUCUCGGUUCCAGUAUAGGCGGUAGUAGCGGCAAGGCAUGCAGUACUGGUUAUCCUGGCUAUCGUCCACCGGUGAAAGCUUUGCAGAUGUAUGCACUUGAAGAUGCAGUCUUUCAUGAUGACGCUUACGAAGACGAAUAUGAGGAUGGUUGGCGUUCCUAUCGCUACGAUGAAGUGGGCAUGUAUAAUCAACCGCAACAACAGCCGUUCGAUGACACAGUCAAUCACAAGACAAUAUUACUUGGCGACUCCGGCGUUGGUAAAACUUCUUUCCUAGUAAAGUACAAUACGGGUGAAUUUCGUUUGGGUUCCUUCUCCGCGACAGUGGGUAUCGCACUAACGUUAAUUGUAGACAUUAUACGGCGAAGAAGUAUAAGUAAUGCUCCCAAGAAAUGGAAACGAAUAAGACUAAUAUCGUCUUCAGAUGAAUCAGUUCAUACUUUAGAAGUGAAUUCCGAACCCUUACAAAUGGAAGAAAGCAACUUGAAAUCAAGAAAGAGGACACGAAAUCCACGUAAUUAUGCACAAAAUAUAAGAAAAAUGAAGAGAAAUAGUGGAGAGGAAUAUGAAACAAAAGAGUCUAAGCAUAGCUGA